GGGUGGGGUCAGGGCUGGGGGUUCAGACACUCAGGUUGGGGCUCUUUAGGCUUCUUUCUGGCCCUAAGACUCUGGGACACUCUAAGCGUGAGCUCCUUGGCACAGGGCCUUUGGGGGAUGUAUCUUAGUCUUUUUGGUAUCCAACUGGGAGCCAAGCACAGAACCUGCGUCUAUGUUUAUUAAAUAAGUGAGUGAGUGACUGAAUGGACGAAUAAAUUCACCCUCAUCCUGGCUUCUUCUUCUUCUUUGUCUGUAGUUGAUAAAGAUGGUAUUAUCCCAGUCUGUUCCUUUCUCCGCCACCGAGUUCCUCCUGGCCUUUGUCAUCUUCUGCCUGAUGUUCUGGGUGAUCAGGGCUUGGAAACCGCAGGUCCCCAAAGGCCUAAAGAGUCCCCCGGGACCCUGGGGUUGGCCCCUGAUUGGGCAUGUGCUAACCCUGGGGAGGAACCCGCACCUGGCGCUGACACGGCUGAGCCAACAGUACGGAGACGUGAUGCAGGUGCGCAUUGGCUCCACACCCGUGCUGGUGCUGAGUGGCCUGGACACCAUCCAGCAGGCCCUGGUGCAGCAGGGCGAUGACUUCAAGGGCCGUCCUGACCUCUACAGCUCCACGCUGAUCAAUGACGGCCAGAGUAUGACCUUCAGCCCUGACUCUGGACCAGUGUGGGCCGCCCGCCGGCGCCUGGCCCAAAAAGCCCUCAACACCUUCUCCAUGGCCUCAGACCCGGCCUCCUUGUCCUCCUGCUACCUGGAGGAGCACGUGAUCAACGAGGCUGAGGCCCUCCUCCACAGGUUGCAGGAGCUGAUGGCGGGAGCCGGGGGCUUCGACCCCUACAGCCAGGUGGUGGUGUCGGUGACGAACAUCAUCGGUGCCAUGUGUUUCGGGCAGCACUUCCCCCAGCACAGUGAGGAGUUACUCAGCCUCAUCGAGAACACCCACGAGUUUGUGGAGACUGCCACCUCCGGGAACCCCAUGGACUUUUUCCCCUUCCUUCGCUACCUGCCCAGCCCUGCCCUGCAGAAGUUCAAGGUCUUCAACCAGAGGUUCCUGCAGUUCGUGCAGAAAACAGUCCAAGGGCACUAUAGGGACUUUGACAAGAACAGCGUCCAGGACAUCACAGGUGCCCUGUUCAAGCACAGCGAGGAGGGCUCCAGAGCCAGUGGUGGCCUAAUGCCCCAGAAGAAGAUCAUCAACCUUGUCAAUGACAUCUUUGGAGCCGGGAUUGACACAGUCACAACAGCCAUCUCGUGGAGCCUUAUGUACCUCAUGACAAAGCCUGGGAUACAGAAGAAGAUCCAGAAGGAACUGGACACUGUGAUUGGCAAAGCACGGAAGCCCCGGCUCUCCGACAGACCCCAGCUGCCCUAUAUGGAGGCCUUUAUCCUGGAGAUCUUCCGACACUCCUCCUUCGUCCCCUUCACCAUCCCCCACAGCACGACAAGGGACACAACACUGAAUGGCCUCUACAUCCCUAAGGGGCGCUGUGUCUUUGUAAACCAGUGGCACGUCAACCAUGACCAGAAGCUUUGGGGAGACCCAUUUGAGUUUCGGCCAGAGCGAUUCCUCACUGCCGAGGGCAGCACCAUCAACAAGACGUUGAGCGAGAAGGUGAUGCUCUUUGGCAUGGGCAAGCGCCGGUGCAUCGGGGAGGUCCUAGCCAAGUGCGAGAUCUUCCUCUUCCUAGCCAUCCUGCUACAGCAGCUGGAGUUCAGCUUGCCACCAGGCAUAAAAGUGGACCUGACCCCCACCUACGGGUUGACCAUGAAGCACGCCCGCUGCAAGCAUGUCCAGGCACAGCUGCGCUUCUCCGUCAAGUGA